GUUGUGACGUCACAACAUGGCGGACAGCCAUGCAUGCUUCGUAGUUUGAACGUCUGCGUCGAGCUUUUCUUCCAAUUUGCAAAGAACGCGAACUUCUUUUCAGGCUUUCAUCUGCAGCGAAACCGUCAGCAUGGCGGCGUGGGGCCAACCCGCCGUUGCAGGGUUACCAGCUGAAAUAACUGAAGAAAAACUACAGGAAAAAGCUCGAAAAUGGCAACAACUCCAGUCAAAAAGAUACAGCGAAAAGAGAAAGUUUGGAUUUGUGGAAGCACAAAAAGAAGACAUGCCUCCAGAGCAUGUUAGAAAGAUCAUUCGAGAUCAUGGUGACAUGUCCAGCAGGAAAUAUCGGCAUGAUAAGCGAGUAUACUUAGGUGCACUGAAAUACAUGCCUCAUGCAGUGCUGAAGUUACUCGAGAACAUGCCCAUGCCAUGGGAGCAGAUUCGAGAUGUGAAGGUUCUUUAUCACAUCACAGGAGCCAUCACAUUUGUGAAUGAGAUUCCAUGGGUUGUGGAACCUGUCUAUUUGGCCCAGUGGGGCACCAUGUGGAUCAUGAUGCGUCGUGAGAAGAGAGACAGGAGGCAUUUCAAGAGAAUGAGGUUUCCCCCAUUUGAUGAUGAGGAACCUCCUCUGGAUUACGCUGAUAACAUCCUGGAUGUUGAACCUCUUGAGCCGAUCCAGAUGGAGUUGGAUCCUGAAGAAGAUGGAAGUGUUUAUGAGUGGUUUUAUGAACACAAUCCCCUGGUCGAUACCAAAAUGGUCAAUGGAUCUUCAUACAGAAAAUGGAAUAUUACACUGCCAAUCAUGUCUACACUUUAUCGUCUGGGAAACCAACUUCUGACAGAUCUUGUAGAUAAAAACUACUUUUACUUGUAUGAUCUGAAGGCAUUUUUCACAGCUAAAGCAUUGAAUGUUGCCAUUCCUGGAGGACCAAAAUUUGAGCCUUUGGUGCGAGAUGUCAAUGUCCACGACGAAGACUGGAAUGAAUUUAAUGACAUAAACAAGAUCAUCAUUCGGCAGCCUGUGAGGACAGAGUACAGAAUUGCAUUCCCCUAUCUGUUCAACAGUUUGCCGUACAAAGUGCAUCUACCCUGGUAUCACCAUCCAUCAGUUGUUUACAUUAAAACAGAGGACCCUGAUCUACCAGCAUUUUACUUUGACCCUCUUGUCAAUCCAAUUGCCCACAGACAUGCUGUCAAGACAACAGAACCCCAGCCUGAUGAUGAUGAAGAUUUUGAACUGCCUGAAGAUAUUCAGCCAUUCUUGCAAGAUACACCACUGUACACAGAUAACACAGCAAAUGGUAUUGCUUUGCUCUGGGCUCCCAGACCAUUCUGUUUAAGAUCUGCCAGGACACGCCGAGCCAUCGAUAUACCAUUGGUGAAGACUUGGUAUCGUGAACACUGUCCAUCUGCUCACCCAGUUAAGGUGCGAGUGUCAUAUCAAAAGCUUCUUAAGUGCUACGUUUUGAAUGCACUGAAACACAGACCACCUAAAGCACAAAAGAAAAGAUAUCUGUUCCGAUCCUUCAAAGCGACAAAGUUCUUUCAAACGACAACUCUUGAUUGGGUGGAAGUGGGUCUCCAAGUGUGCCGGCAAGGCUACAACAUGCUGAAUCUACUGAUCCACAGAAAGAACUUGAACUACCUUCAUUUGGAUUACAAUUUCAAUCUGAAACCAGUCAAAACUCUUACCACAAAGGAAAGAAAGAAGUCCAGAUUUGGAAAUGCUUUCCAUCUUUGUCGGGAGAUUCUGCGACUCACAAAGCUGGUUGUAGAUUCCCAUGUGCAGUACAGACUGGGUAAUGUAGACAGUUUUCAGCUGGCUGAUGGUCUUCAGUACACCUUUGCUCAUGUUGGUCAGCUGACUGGAAUGUACAGAUACAAGUACAAGCUUAUGAGACAAAUCAGAAUGUGUAAAGACAUCAAACAUCUCAUUUACUACAGAUUUAACACUGGACCAGUUGGGAAAGGUCCAGGAUGUGGAUUCUGGGCACCUGGCUGGAGGGUGUGGCUAUUUUUUCUGCGUGGGGUUGUACCUCUCUUAGAGCGUUGGCUUGGUAACCUCCUAGCUAGGCAGUUUGAAGGCAGACACUCCAAGGGUGUGGCCAAAACAGUAACUAAGCAGAGAGUGGAAAGCCACUUUGAUUUGGAGCUACGAGCAGCUGUCAUGCAUGACAUCCUGGACAUGAUGCCAGAAGGUAUUAAGCAGAACAAGGCCCGAGUCAUUCUGCAGCAUCUGAGUGAAGCUUGGAGAUGCUGGAAAGCCAACAUUCCUUGGAAGGUGCCUGGCCUUCCAACACCAGUGGAGAACAUGAUUUUGCGGUAUGUCAAAGCCAAGGCUGAUUGGUGGACAAACACAGCUCACUACAACAGGGAACGUAUCCGUCGUGGAGCCACAGUUGAUAAAACUGUUUGUAAGAAAAAUCUUGGACGUCUGACAAGACUCUAUCUCAAAGCUGAACAGGAAAGACAGCAUAACUACUUGAAGGAUGGUCCUUACAUCUCUGCUGAGGAAGCAGUUGCAAUCUACACAACUACAGUUCAUUGGCUGGAGAGCAGGAGGUUCUCGCCAAUCCCUUUCCCACCCCUCUCCUACAAGCACGACACCAAAUUGCUAAUUCUAGCUCUGGAGAGACUCAAGGAAGCCUACAGUGUAAAGAGUCGUUUGAACCAGUCCCAGAGAGAAGAGUUGGGACUGAUUGAACAAGCAUACGACAAUCCUCAUGAAGCACUCAGCAGAAUCAAGCGUCAUUUGUUAACACAGAGAGCCUUUAAAGAGGUUGGUAUUGAGUUCAUGGACUUAUACAGCCAUCUUAUCCCAGUAUAUGAUGUUGAGCCAUUGGAGAAAAUCACAGAUGCCUACUUAGACCAAUAUUUAUGGUAUGAAGCAGACAAGAGACGUCUGUUUCCUCCAUGGGUCAAACCAGCUGACACUGAACCUCCUCCACUCCUUACAUACAAAUGGUGCCAAGGAAUCAACAACUUACAAGACGUCUGGGAGACAUCUGAAGGAGAAUGUAAUGUUAUGAUGGAGUCAAACUUUGAAAAGAUGUAUGAGAAGAUUGAUUUGACGUUACUGAAUCGGCUCCUGCGUCUGAUUGUUGAUCACAACAUUGCUGAUUACAUGACGGCAAAGAACAACAUUGUGAUUAAUUACAAGGACAUGAACCACACCAACUCUUACGGCAUCAUCCGUGGUCUUCAGUUCGCGUCAUUCAUCGUGCAAUACUAUGGAUUGGUGAUGGAUCUUUUGGUGUUGGGUCUGCAGAGAGCGAGUGAGAUGGCAGGGCCUCCACAGAUGCCAAAUGACUUCUUGACUUUCCAAGAUGUACAGACGGAGUCACAGCAUCCCAUCAGAUUGUACUCAAGAUACAUCGACAAAGUGCACAUUUUCUUCAGGUUUACAGCAGAUGAAGCCCGUGAUCUGAUCCAGCGUUACCUGACGGAACACCCUGACCCAAAUAACGAAAACAUCGUGGGCUACAAUAACAGAAAAUGCUGGCCAAGGGAUGCACGUAUGAGGCUCAUGAAACACGACGUCAAUCUUGGGCGUGCUGUGUUCUGGGACAUAAAGAACCGCUUGCCAAGAUCUGUGACAACACUCAACUGGGAUGAAAGUUUUGUGUCUGUUUACAGUAAAGACAAUCCAAAUCUGCUGUUUAACAUGUGUGGCUUUGAAUGCCGCAUUCUUCCAAAAUGUCGCACAACAUUUGAGGAAUUCACUCACAGGGAUGGAGUGUGGAACUUGCAAAAUGAGGUCACUAAAGAGCGAACUGCUCAGUGCUUCCUCAAGGUUGACGACGAGUCACAGCAGCGAUUCCACAACAGAGUGCGUCAAAUCUUAAUGGCAUCUGGUUCAACUACGUUUACCAAAAUUGUGAACAAAUGGAACACGGCUUUGAUUGGUUUGAUGACAUAUUACAGGGAGUCAGUUGUCAACACUCAAGAGCUGCUGGAUUUGUUAGUGAAAUGCGAAAACAAGAUCCAAACACGUAUCAAGAUCGGGCUGAAUUCCAAGAUGCCUAGUCGGUUCCCUCCGGUUGUAUUUUACACUCCAAAAGAGCUGGGAGGACUUGGUAUGUUGUCCAUGGGCCAUGUCCUCAUUCCACAGUCAGAUCUCAGGUGGUCACAACAGACCGAUGUAGGAAUCACUCACUUUAGAUCUGGAAUGAGUCAUGACAAAGAUCAGUUGAUCCCUAAUUUGUACAGGUACAUCCAGCCAUGGGAAAGUGAAUUCAUUGAUUCCCAGAGAGUGUGGGCAGAAUACGCGUUAAAACGGCAAGAAGCUAAUGCUCAGAACAGGCGAUUGACCUUGGAAGAUUUAGAGGACUCAUGGGAUCGUGGAAUCCCUCGUAUCAACACACUGUUUCAGAAGGACAGACACACGCUCGCCUAUGACAAGGGUUGGAGAGUGAGAACAGACUUCAAGCAGUACCAGGUUCUUAAACAGAAUCCAUUCUGGUGGACACAUCAGCGUCAUGACGGAAAACUAUGGAACUUGAAUAACUACCGUACAGACAUGAUCCAAGCCCUUGGUGGCGUGGAAGGAAUCCUGGAACACACGCUGUUUAAAGGAACUUACUUCCCCACAUGGGAGGGUCUGUUCUGGGAGAAGGCCAGUGGGUUUGAGGAGUCCAUGAAGUACAAGAAACUGACCAAUGCACAGAGAUCUGGUUUGAAUCAGAUUCCCAACAGAAGAUUCACACUCUGGUGGUCACCGACUAUCAACAGAGCCAACGUUUAUGUUGGUUUCCAGGUGCAACUUGACCUGACGGGAAUAUUUAUGCAUGGCAAGAUUCCAACAUUGAAGAUCUCACUCAUUCAGAUAUUCAGAGCCCAUUUGUGGCAGAAAGUCCACGAGAGUGUUGUGAUGGACUUGUGUCAGGUGUUUGACCAAGAACUAGAUGCUUUGGAGAUUGAGACUGUACAGAAAGAGACCAUUCACCCUCGUAAGUCAUACAAGAUGAACAGUUCGUGUGCUGAUAUCCUGUUGUUUGCCGCAUACAAGUGGAAUGUGUCGAAACCUUCCCUUUUGGCUGACUCAAAUGACAUCAUGGACAGUACUACAACCCAAAAGUACUGGGUCGACGUUCAGCUCCGCUGGGGAGACUACGACUCACAUGACAUCGAGAGAUACGCACGCGCAAAGUACCUGGACUACACCACUGACAACAUGAGUAUCUACCCCUCCCCUACGGGAGUGCUAAUUGGCAUUGACUUGGCUUAUAAUCUGCACAGUGCCUUUGGUAACUGGUUUCCAGGAGUGAAACCGCUCAUCCAACAGGCCAUGGCAAAGAUCAUGAAAGCCAAUCCCGCCUUGUAUGUGCUGAGGGAGAGAAUCAGGAAAGGCCUUCAGUUGUACUCCAGUGAACCUACUGAGCCUUACCUGUCUUCGCAGAACUACGGAGAACUCUUCUCCAACCAGAUCAUCUGGUUUGUGGACGACACUAACGUGUACAGAGUCACGAUUCACAAGACAUUUGAGGGUAACUUGACGACCAAACCCAUCAACGGCGCCAUCUUUAUUUUCAAUCCUCGAACGGGGCAGCUCUUCCUGAAGAUCAUUCAUACCUCUGUGUGGGCGGGACAGAAGCGUCUUGGACAGCUGGCGAAAUGGAAGACAGCAGAAGAAGUAGCGGCCUUGAUUCGUUCGCUUCCAGUAGAAGAACAACCUAAACAGAUCAUUGUUACAAGAAAAGGCAUGCUUGACCCACUGGAGGUUCAUUUGUUGGAUUUCCCGAACAUUGUUAUCAAAGGCAGUGAGCUGCAGCUUCCUUUCCAAGCUUGUUUGAAGGUUGAGAAGCUUGGUGACAUGAUUCUGAAAGCCACAGAGCCGCAGAUGGUGUUGUUUAACCUGUACGAUGAUUGGCUGAAGACUAUUUCGUCUUACACAGCGUUCUCCCGUCUGAUCCUCAUUCUCCGAGCCUUGCACGUGAACGCUGACCGCACAAAGGUCAUCCUUAAACCGGAUAAGACCACAAUUACUGAACCCCAUCACAUCUGGCCGACACUGACUGACGAGGAGUGGGUGCCAGUUGAGGUUGCUCUGAAAGAUCUUAUCUUAGCUGACUAUGGCAAAAAGAACAAUGUGAACGUAGCUUCCCUGACACAGUCUGAAAUCCGUGAUAUUAUCCUUGGAAUGGAGAUCUCGGCCCCUUCGCAACAGAGGCAGCAGAUCGCUGAAAUCGAGAAGCAGACCAAGGAACAGUCACAACUGACAGCCACUACCACUCGAACCACCAACAUCCAUGGAGAUGAGAUCAUCGUUUCUACGACAUCAAACUACGAGACACAGACGUUCUCGUCCAAGACUGAGUGGCGUGUCAGAGCCAUCUCUGCGACCAACCUACAUCUGAGAACCAACCACAUUUACGUGUCAUCAGAUGACAUCAAAGAAACUGGCUUUACCUACAUCCUGCCAAAGAAUAUUCUGAAGAAGUUUAUUGUGAUUUCGGAUUUAAGGACACAGAUCGCCGGUUACUUGUACGGAGUAAGUCCGCCUGAUAACCCACAGGUAAAAGAGAUCCGGUGUAUUGUGAUGGUACCGCAGUGGGGCACACACCAGACGGUGCACUUACCAAACAUGUUACCACAGCAUGACUAUCUCAAGGAGAUGGAACCCUUAGGGUGGGUUCACACCCAGCCCAAUGAACUUCCACAGCUUUCUCCACAAGAUGUCACAACGCACGCCAAGAUCAUGGCGGACAAUCCGUCUUGGGAUGGCGAGAAAACAGUCAUCAUUACAUGCAGUUUUACCCCAGGAUCGUGUUCACUAACAGCCUACAAACUGACCCCUUCGGGUUACGACUGGGGGCGGAACAACAAGGACACAGGGAACAAUCCCAGGGGUUACCUUCCGUCUCACUACGAGAAAGUACAGAUGCUGUUGUCAGAUCGCUUCCUUGGUUUCUUCAUGGUACCUACUCAGGGAUCCUGGAACUUCAAUUUUAUGGGCGUUCGUCACUCCCCAAACAUGCGUUAUGAGUUGCAGUUGUCUAACCCCAAAGAGUUCUACCAUGAAGUCCACCGGCCAUCACACUUCCUCAACUUCAGCACCAUGGAGGAUGUAGAAGUUAUUGGGGCUGAUAGAGAUGACAUGUUUUCUUAGCUUGUAUCUCUACUGCCUGUUGAAGAAGGGGCUUAGUUAUAAGUUAACACGAAUGGACUAUUUACUUUGGAAAGUCAUGGUUUCAUGGCGUCUUCCAAAGGAGUGAAAUUUUCCUGAAUGCUCCCGUUAAGUGUCCUAUAACCCAAAAUUCUUGUAAUAGAUAUUUUCCACGCCUUAGAUGGUCAGGACAUGCGUUGAAAUGUAGGCUUUCUCUGAGCAGAUAGAGUAAUUUAUUCCAUGUGAAAAAGUUCUGCAUAAGUAGUCAGACUAUCUGAGAAAUAAGAGUUUUGUUUCUUUUUCUUAGUGCUUGGUUACCGUGACACUUUCUAGUUUUUUAGCCCGUGUUCUUGUAUAUACUUUAAGUCAAAGUACGUCUUAACAGUGACUUUGAGUUGUCGUAACAUAAAUUUUCUACUAUCAUGUAGAGAAACCUCCGUCAUCGUUUCGUUUGUAGCGAAUCAAAUAAAAAUUUCCUUACACUU